AUGAUGAUAAAUCAAAAAAUAUAUUUAGUUUUUUUCAUACUUACUAUAGUAUUCCCAAUUAUUAAUUCUCUUCAACAACUUACUACAGUUGAUGAUAAGAUUAAACCUUCACAUGUAGCCAAAUUUUCUACGGAUACUAUUUCAAAUGUAUCUAAUCAACCUCCACGAAGAAUAAUAGCAGUCGGUGAUUUACAUGGAGAUUACGAACAAACCCUUAAAGUAUUGAAAAUGGCCAAAAUUUUGGACGAAAAAGAAAAUUGGAUUGGAAAUAAUGGAAUUUUAGUUCAAACUGGUGAUAUUGUAGACAGAGGUCCGGAUUGUUUAAAGAUAUAUAUAUUAUUUGAUAGAUUAAGACAAGAGGCGAAAGAAGUUGGUGGUCAGGUAAUAAACUUGAUAGGAAAUCAUGAAAUAAUGAACCUUCUUCUAGGUUGGAGUUAUGUAGUACCUAAUGACAUACGUUCCUUCGGUGGUGUUCAAAAUCGUAUCCGUCAAUUUUCUUCAGAAGGUUACAUCGGUAAAUUCUUAUUGAAUUCAUUUCAAAUUGCAUCAAUAGUAGAAAAUGAUACAUUAUUUGUUCAUGGAGGAAUUGAUGUUAAAUGGGCAAACAAAGGAAUAGAAAAUAUAAAUAUCCUUGGUAAGGAAUUGGUGAAUAAGACGACAAAGAUGUUGAGUAGAGAAAAUCCUAUAAUCUCUUGGAGUCAUAUGAAUGUUACAAAAGAGGAAGCUAGUAUCUUUGAGGAUCAUAAUGGUCCACUUUGGAUGAGAAGAUACGCUGAACGUGAUGAUGAAUAUACUAAAAAGAUGGUGGAUGAAGUUUUGGAGAUUUUAAAAGUUAAAAGAAUGGUUAUAGCACAUACUCCAUUAUCAGACCGUAUAGAAUCAAAAUUUAACGGCAAAAUAUACGUGAUUGACGUUGGUAUUUCUUCCGCUUAUGAUGGAAAUUUGGCUGCAUUGGAGAUUAUUGGUGAUCAGAUAAGGGAAAUAUAUCCUGAUGAAAUAGUGAAUAGUAACAAAACUAAUGAUGAGAAUAUUAAAAAUUCCAAUAAGAUUAUAAAGGACGAGUUGUAA